AAACUUACCACUGACACCUGUUACACAGUAGUAUGAUUUAAACGUGUUAUUGUACAUUGUGGCUAUAGUAUUAUUUAUACUGAAUGGGAAGGAUGGAUGUCUCUCUGUUUUGUGUAUACCUUGUGAUUUGUUUAUUUGGAAUUUCUGAGGCCUGUAAAUGUGCUGUCCGACAUCCACAGACAAUUAUCUGCCAAUCAGACUUUGCAAUUAAGGCGAAAAUUUUGUUUGAGGAGCCAAUCGAUUCAAUGUACACAAGAUAUAGAGUAGAAGUCCUACAAAAUUUCAAGAGUGGUUACGCCCCGCCGAUGCGCAAUUCCCGAGUAUGGAUAAAAACUGCGACGUCGUCCGCUGCCUGUGGUGUAAGGUUUCAGAAGAAAAGUACUUAUGUUAUAGCAGGAUAUAAAGAUAGUGAUGGAACACUCCGAGCCAGCAGCUGUUCUUUGAAUCGAAAUAUCCAUGAUAUGACUCCAUUUCAGCUCUCUGCCUUGGAUAACAUGGAUUAUCAAAACAACUGUAACUGUAAGAUACGGGAAUGUCCUCAUAAUGUGUGUGAGGGUGGACAGGGCUGUCUUGCUCCCUAUAACAAGUCAGACUGCUACCACAGAACCGCACUAUGUAGAAGUUUCGGGUCAACCUGCUCAUGGACACCUAAUGCCUGUUAACAAAACUAGUUCAAUAAAUUUAAAUGUUAUGCCACAUCUGAAUUUGUAUCAGAAAU